AUGUCAUCGCGCCUGCCCGCUGUUGCUUCUUAUAGUGUCCCCUCCGCUUCCUUUACUUCCGGGCUCAAAUGCCCGGCUCGGUCGCUUUUCUUCCUCCCUGCUGCUGCUGCUGUUGCUGCUUCUGCUGUCGCAGUCGCUCUCCUGGCCGCUGUAGCUCCUCCUACCUCUGCUGUCCCGAUUGGGAAUCUGGUCACACUCCCCCCUUCUACCACUUCCACUCCCGGUGAUCAGUCCGGGUUAGUGGUGUCUCCCUCGUCGCGCUCCAAUUCCUCCGAUCUUGAAGCUUCUCCCGGCAUCGCGCAGCAGAUGAUUCGCUCCACCAAGGUUGCCAUUGUCACCCUCGCUUCAUUGAUCGCCUAUGUCUUGAUCAAUAGCGCCGCGCGGGCCGUGAACCCGUCGGCUUUCGUCUGGUAUGCUGAGGAUCAUGACGAGCAGAGCUGGAUUGCCUCCUCGCCGUCCUGGCUGGAUCGCAAGGCCUGUCGCUGGCUCGGCAUGUGCGGGACCGCCCACUUCCGCCUGGUGCGGGCCCGCUACGGCCAGCGCGAGCCCACUCUGGGACCCUGGUCGCCCGAAAGCGAGGCCCACUACGCCGCCUGGCGCGAUGCGCAAUUCAAUGACUCCCAGCAGCCCGCAUGGGAUGAAGCCGAACGCUCGCGUCGGCAAAUUCCGGAGUAUGUCUUCCAGUAUGCACCGUUGGUCUACUUGUCCUCGCAUGAACAGUUCUGGCCUGGAGACAUUGCCGAACAUCUCUACCACGUCACCCCGAUGCUGAACUACACCCCCAUUCAGUCGGAUGAGGAGCAUCCCACCCUGCAGAACCUCGAUCAGCUGAACGAGUGGCAGGAGGGUGAGUACGUAUAUCUGACCAGCAACGACAAUGUAGAGGAUCGCCCGCCAUGGAUUGAGGGCGAGAAGAAUAUUCCUGAAGAUCCCGAUGACGACCUUGAGCUGUCUUGGCCCGACUGGGAUGGCCGGAUAGACGGGCCUAUUCCCGGGGACACGCCAGAGGAACGCUCCCAGUGGUAUGACACCGGCCGUCUCUCAUCAUCGGAGGGAGAGGAUGACAGUUGGUCUCCUGAAGACCUGGGCUAUCUCCGCCCGGAGGACCUCGCGGACGAGGAUGUCCGAACCGAGUUGCGCAAACGGUUCGGCGGCGAGCCCAUCCACGUCGAAAAGACUGGCGGGCGCAGUAAUGCUCCGGCAAUUCUGCUGGUGAUGGACAAAGGCCACGGCGUCGUAGAUGCGUUCUGGUUCUAUUUUUACAGCUUCAAUCUGGGCAACGUAGUGCUGAACGUGCGGUUCGGGAACCAUGUGGGUGACUGGGAGCACUGUCUGGUGCGAUUUCACGACGGCAAGCCCAAGGCGCUUUUCUUCAGCGCGCACUCGGCGGGAGAAGCAUACAGUUACGAGGCCGUGGAAAAGAUCGGCCAGCGGCCCGUGAUCUACUCCGCCAUGGGCACCCAUGCCAUGUAUGCCACCCCGGGCAUCCAUGCCUACAUCCUGCCCUGGGGCCUGCUGCACGAUCAGACCGACCGCGGUCCCCUGUGGGACCCUCUUCUGAACGCCCACGCCUAUACGUACGAUUAUGAUAAGGAUGCCCUUCGUGCAUCCACCGCCACCCCGAGUGCCCCUAUCGAGUGGUUCUACUUCAACGGCCAUUGGGGCGACAAGUUCUAUCCGCUAGGUGACCAGCGACAGUAUCGAUUCGCAGGUCAGUAUCAUUAUGUCAACGGCCCAGUGGGACCGCGAUUCAAGCACCUCAACCGCCACAAGGUCUGUCAGCAGCGGGAUGAGGAAGUCUGUGUCAUUAAGAACUACAUUGGGGAAGAAAAGCGGGCUAAACGCUGGGCGGGUACUCGGCCUGAACAUGAGAAAGAACAUGACUAG